AUGCCCCAACCAACGCCCAGACUGCUCAUCCCACUCCUCCUCCUCCUCCUCCUCCUUCCCCACCCGCCAACGCAGGGGUCAACGUACCCCCUCCCCCUCCUCCCCGACUCCCUAACAACAAACUACAUCUCCGCCCGCGACCUCUACCGCAACCGCCUACUUUACCUUUCCGGUGAAGGCUCCGACCUCAACCCCGCCAUCAACCACGUCGUGCGUCUCGCCGAGGGGUGGAUCGCUGAUCCCACCACCUACACCGUCAUGAACAAAAUGACCCAUUCCACAACCGAUAACAACACCACCGCACGGAUCGCGCCCUCAGGCGACCCCCACGACUACUUCUCCCUCGCAAAAUACUACUGGCCUGACCCCGCCACUCCCUUCGGCCUCCCCUACAUCCCCCGCCCCGGCCAAAUCAACCCUUCCUCAACGUCCCUCCCCAACGACCGGGCCUCGCUGGAUGCCGUGAUCGAGAGCGUGUGGACGGGCGCGCUGGCGUGGUUUUGGACAAGGGAUGAGCGGUUUAGUGGGAUGGCGGGGGAGCGGUUGCGCGUUUGGUUUGUUGAGGAGGGGACGAGGAUGAAUGCUGCGGUAGGGUUGGAGUGGGAUAAUUGGGUGGUCGGGAGGAGUAGUGUGGGUGGGGGGAAUGGGACGGUGGGUGGGAGGAAUGGGACGGUGGGGGUAGGGGGUAAUAAUUUGACGGAUUUGGCUACGGGGAUGGACUUGACCUUCACAUCCCUCCACCUCCUCCUCGACGCCAUCCUCCUCCUCUCCCCGACGUCCUCAAUCACCCCCCUCCUCCCCGCCCUCACAACCUGGUUCACAACCUACCACUCCUGGCUGCUCACGUCACCCCGAGCCGUCGCCGAACAAUCCCAACCCUCCAUCCGCGGCCUCAACACCGACAUCCAACACCUCGCCCUCCUCCUCUUCCUCAACCGCACCGCCGAAGCCGACACAUACGUGCGGAACACCACGAUCCCGAGAGUCACGGGGGCGAUCGGGCCCGACGGCCGUGUCGCGUCUGCACUGACAUCCGGCGGCGCGGACACAUGGCAGAACUCCGUGUCCUAUCUCUCCUCCCUCUUCACCCUCGGCCUCCUCACCCUCAACAACCCGCCGCUCCCCUCUCUCUUCUCGGUGACAACCACCGACAACCGAUCCAUUCGUGGCGCGUUGGAUUUUCUGCUCCCGUAUGCGUUGGCGAACGGGACCGGGUGGCCGACGGGGCCGAAUGAGACGUUUAGUGUUGGGGCCCAGUUUUGGGGAAUGGUGGGGGUCGCGUGGGUUGUGUGGGGAGAGGGGAGGUAUAGGGAUGCGGUGGUGCGGGGGCAGGGUGGGGGGAGGUGGGAGACGGCGAGGUUGUGGAUGCCGUAUGGGGCUUUUGAACUUAGGGCGGAGAGUAGUGGGGUGGUGGGGAGAGGGGAGGGGGUUUAUGGACGGUGGGUGUUGAUGAUUUUUGGGAUUGGGUGCGGUGUGUGGUGGAUGUGAUUGGGUUUCUGGGAUGAGGACACCGGGGUUUUCUGUACAAAACUGUGUACUGUAUGUAUUUGUGUGCGUUGUCCACGGUUGCUAUGUAACUUAUCCUAGAGUAAAAGCAUAUAUGGGAAGCCAGCCUUAGUGUUUGACGUGUAAAAAUGUACAUCACAG